AUGAGUCACAAGGAGGUAUCCGCCGUAACACUCGGCGGCAAGGGUUCAUCUCUCUCUUCCUCCUCCGUCUACGCCACCGCCACUGGCCAAUCUCAAGUCCGAAUAGACUCAUCCGCACUCGAACGGUUAUCCUCAACGCCGUCGCUAAAGCAAAAAAUCAACAUCCCCGAAUUCCUAACCCUAGAAGAAACAAGAGCCUUCCUCAUCGUCCUUCUCAACAAACUCCUCCUCUGCAACUCAUCAAAGCACGUUCCGUUAUGCAUAUCAGAAGCACUCAAUUUGAAUCAUAAGAGUUUUCAUUUCGAAGAAGAACUUGAUGUGACUGAAGACGAGCAGUCAUUGUUGAUCAAUAAUGCAUGUUUAGGGUUGAUUGGUGUUUCUGCGGUUUUGGAUCAUCAAUCGACGGCAUUGUCUGCUUUUGCUGAUGUGGCUGCAGCGUUUUCUUGUGAGGCGUUGAAAGCUGAUGUGAGUGUUUUCAAUUUGAUGGAUUCCGGUGAUGGACAUAGUUCUAAGGAGGAAGUUGGAGUUGCUGGUGAUAUGAGGAUUUUGCUGAAUGGAUCUAAGUUUGUGGGAAAAGAAACUGUUUCUUCGGUGGUGAAAAUUCCGAAAAUUCAUGGGAUUAUUAGGGAGAAGGCGAAAUCAGUGCAUGCUAGAAUGCGAGUUGAGUUGAAUUCCGGUCAUAAAUUGGGGAAAAUUGAGCUUGGGAGUGAGCAUACUGUGUGUAAUGUGUUGUUGCCAUUGGCAAUGGCAUUGAGGGAAUUGGGUGAGUGUAGUUUUGCUCGUGCGCAGAGUAACUUGUUGUCUAUUGGUGGUGAUGAUUUGAGAUCGAAAGUUGGUGAAAUCUUUGGGAAAGAAUGUCCAACUGAUGCUAGUUUGGUUAGUAGUUUUAAUGAAUCUUUUAGUUUGUAUUCUGGAAAGGUGUAUGAUAAGUUUGCACAUGAAAUCAAUGUGUUGUUUGGCCUUGUGUGGAAAAUUGUGGCAUGGGAACUCGUGACUGCUUAUGCUGUACUUGAGGCUGCUGAGUUGAAUGAAAAGAUCCAAGGUGCUACAGAAAAUGGAGAGAAUUCUAAAGUAGAAAAGAAGAAGAAAAAAGCUGUUUUGGGAAAAGGAACUAGUUCGAUUUUGCAGUUGAUUAAGGAUAGGCUGCAGAGUGAUGAAAAGAGUGAUGUAGAGAAAUUAGGGCUAUUGGAGACUUGGGUUGCUGAUUUUCUAUUGUUUUUGGAUUUGGCAAGACCUGAAUUCAAUGAAUUUUUAUUGAAAGUAAAGGAUGUUGUAGAAAGCAAUGAAAGCAGAAGAUUGCCCAAGAUUCCUAAGGGGACACGUGAUUUUGCUAAAGAACAAAUGACAAUUAGAAAGAAAGCAUUUUCAGUAAUAGAAGAAGUUUUUGAGAGGCACGGUGCCACAGCCUUGGAUACACCCGUCUUUGAAUUGCGAGAAACUCUCAUGGGAAAAUAUGGGGAAGACUCAAAGUUGAUUUACGAUCUUGCUGAUCAGGGUGGGGAGCUCUGUUCUUUGAGGUAUGAUUUGACAGUUCCAUUUGCUAGGUUUGUAGCUAUGAAUGGUUUGACAUCUUUGAAAAGGUACCAAAUAGCUAAGGUCUACAGAAGGGACAACCCAUCUAAAGGAAGAUACCGUGAGUUUUAUCAAUGUGACUUUGAUAUUGCUGGUCCAGCUGAAAAAAUGGCUCCAGAUUUUGAGGUUGUGAGAAUUUUGACUGAAUUGCUUGAUGAGCUGAACAUUGGGGAUUUUGAGGUGAAGUUGAAUCAUAGAAAGUUACUGGAUGGCAUGAUGCAAAUAUGUGGAGUGCCUCCUGAAAAGUUUAGGACUAUAUGUUCAAGUAUUGACAAAUUAGACAAACAAUCGUUCGAACAGAUAAGAAAAGAAAUGGUGGAAGAGAAAGGAUUAACUGCUGAGACAGCCGACAGAAUUGGAACUUUUGUUAAAGAAAAAGGACAUCCUUUAACAUUAUUAUCUAAACUUAAACAAGAAGGCAGUGCUUUCUUAGAAAAUGCUGGAUCUGUUGACGCAUUGAAUGAUCUGGAAAUUUUAUUUAAAGCUCUGGAUAAAUCAAAACGCCUUGAUAAGGUGGUUUUUGACUUAAGUCUUGCCAGAGGUCUUGAUUAUUAUACUGGAGUUAUAUUUGAAGCUGUUUUUAAAGGGGGUGCUCAGGUUGGUUCAAUUGCUGCUGGUGGUCGAUAUGAUAACCUUAUAGGAAUGUUUGGUUCAAAGCAAGUUCCAGCAGUUGGUGUAAGUCUGGGAAUCGAAAGAGUAUUUGCCAUAAUGGAGCAACAACAGAAGGAUCAGAACCAGUUGGCCCGACCAACCAAGACAGAAGUCUUAGUGAGCAUAUUAGGGAAUGACGUAACACUAGCUGGAGAGCUAGCUGGUGAACUAUGGGAUGCUGGUGUGAAAGCAGAAUUCUUGGUGAACAAAAGAAGACCGAAACACUUUGACUAUGCAAAAGAAUCAAGAAUCCCUUGGAUGAUACUCGUUGGUGAGCAGGAAAUAAAAGAAGGCACAGUGCAGUUGAAAAGCCUCGAGUCAGGUAAUGAUGUGAACAUAAACAUUCCUAGAGGAAAUUUUGUGGAGGAACUUCGGAAGCGGUUAAACCUGUAA